AACCCACAGAAAACAAGAAAUUUAGAGAGAGAAAGAGAGAGAGAGAGAGCUUGGUUAGAUGAAAUUCUCAUGAGAAAAACCCAUUUCUGAGAUUUAAAUUUUCACCCCCUUCAGAUCACAGAGAGGAAAAUAAGGAAGAAAAUCUAUGCGUUGAUGUGCUAAUUAAUUAUUAGUUAUAAAUGCAAAAGGAUUGUAUCAGAUCCUCUGUGAUUUCAAUUUGCAUAUAUUCUUCACUUUGAAUUCGCAUUUGAUUGGUUGUCGUCACAUAUAGUGAGAACUUUGAUUUUCCUGUUAAUUCGAAGAGAGUUUAUUGCGACUCGAAACGAAAUCGCAGGAGGCACUUUUCCCUGGAUUGCCAUACGAAAUGGCUGAACGCGAGGGAACCUUGUGCAAUGCGACGAACUUGAUUUGGAAGCAAGAGGCAUGUCAAUUCAUUCCUAGUUAGGGUUUUUAUUUUGAUUAUUCGGAACUUAUUAUUAUUUUUUUAUAGAUUUUUUUGUAUAAUUAUAUCUGGAUUUUGUUUUUCGUUGAAUUGAUACGAGAACAUUGGAGAAGUUGGGUGCUUGUUCUGAUAGGAUGAGCUAAUUCAGCGUGUGGUUUAGGGUUCGAUUUUGUCAUUUGUAGAGACUUUAGGAAUCGGAGAAAAUUUUCGCUUUUUUGGGGUCAUUAGUUCACUAGACUCAGCAUUUUUAGGUGGUUACAAAUUUGCAAUCACUGAUUUAAUUUUUGGGUUUUCAGAGAAGUACUUCAUGGAUUUGUACUUGCACGUUGUUUUUUGUUGUAAGAGUUGGGGUGAUAAUUGUUAAUGUGGUUUGGAUUUACUUUCUAGAUGACUCAGUUUUGAGAGGGAGUUUCCGUAUGCAAGGUUUCAUCUAGAUGACUCAGUGAGAACUAAAUUUUGAUUUGUAGGAGUCUGAAUUGAAGGUUUCAUCUUUCUUUAAACUUAUGCUUUGUUUAUAUUAGGUAGCACCUGAAUCUGGAAGAAGUUUGCCAAACAUUCUAUGAUUCAGAACACUGAUAUGGGACUCGAAUCGGGGACUUGUAAUGUAUGCUCAGCUCCUUGUUCAUCUUGCAUGCAUCUUAAUCGAGCUUUCAUGGGCUCAAAGGCUGAAGAAUUCUCUGAUGAAAACUGUCGCUUAGGGGAGGCUAAUCAGCACUCUAUGGGUGAAACCAGUAACAUGCAUAGUGUUAAUUCCAGUCAUGAUUCUCUAUCUGAAAAUGCCGAGAGUAGACGUGCCUUGUCAGAAAACUAUCAGGAUUCCAAGUGUUUAGAAGGUCUUGAUGACAGCACUUCUUGUAUCAGUAGAGUAAGUAAUGCUAGUUUAGUGAGUGGUAGCCAUCAAAUAAGUUCAGACAGAAUAAAUAUAUCUUGUAGUUCAGCUUCAGUUAGUCGCUUAGGGGCAGAAGGAUCUAGAAGUGGGCCAUCUGUUGGCAUGUCUGAGAUUCUCUCUUCUAAAGAUGCAGAUAUCCCCGAAAAUUUGUCAGAAUGCUGUAUGGAAAAUGUUGAUUCAUCUUUGACCAAAGAGAGAGCACCUAUUAUUGUUUCCAGUGAAAAAUCUCUUGCAGAUAGGGAUAACCCUAUUAACGGUACUGCCAAAGUUUCAGUAAAAAUAUAUCCAAAGUCAGAAUCAGAUACUGACAACAACGUUGGGGAUGCUAAAGAUGAAGAUCAUAAAUUUUCAGCCCAUGAUGGACUGCAUGAGAAGGCUGAGGAGCAGGUCAAAUCACAACCUCAAUCAGAAGAUGAGAGUGAUGACUCAGAUGUUGUUGAGCAUGAUAUAAAAGUAUGUGACAUCUGUGGAGAUGCUGGUCGUGAGGAUCUACUUGCCAUAUGUAGUAGGUGCAGUGAUGGCGCGGAGCACACCUACUGCAUGCGGGAAAGGCUUCAGAAGGUCCCUGAAGGGGAUUGGUUAUGUGAAGAAUGCAAAUAUGCAGAGGAGACUGCAAAUCAAAGGCUUGAUGUUGAAGAAAAAAUAAUUCAUAAAGUUAGUUCAACUUCACAAAUUUGUGGCAAAAGGCCUUCUGAAAGCGUGGAAGUAGCUACAUCGUCAAAAAGGCAAGCUCUUGAAUCAAGCACAGGAUCACCAAAGUCAUCAAGUCCCAAGAGAAUAGUUUCACUGUCACGUGAAUCUUCAUUCAAGAGCUUAGAUAAAGGAAAGGUGAAACCUGGUCGUCAAAUCCCCAUUCGUAAUCGCCCCGGUGGUGGUGACAUAGAACUUGCUCGUUCUGUCUCCACUGGCUCUCGGAGCCAAACUGCAAAGAGCACAUUGUUGAAGUCUAGUUCAUUCAACAACUUCAAUUCCAAGCCUAGAGUCAAACCUUUUGAUGAAGUUGUUCCCCAGAAGCAGAAAGGGGGUGGCGAACAUACUUCUAGGAACAUGGAUUCACCUGCUGGGAUGAUAAGCAAGUCAGUGUCAUUUAAAUCCUCAAAUUUGGGUCGUUCAAGUGCUACUGAAUCAAAAGUUAAAAUGCUUUCUUCUAAGUCUGGAACUGCUCAUGAUUUAAAAGGAUCAAGGAAUGGAAAAGAAUCAGGUGCAUUUGACAGGAAAUUUCUGUCUAGGGUUGAUCGGCCUCUUGGUUGUUCAACCAUGGCUAGUUUGGUUUCCACAUCUAAGGUUGAUCUGAACGUUACACCUCGUGGUGAAACAGCAAAACCUUCAGCAGUUAAUAACAAUCGAGACUUUAAGGUCAAUCAAGAUGGAAAAUUAAGUUCAUUGUCAAAGUCUAUGAGUAAUAUAAGCCAUAGAAGUCCGGAUCCCCAAGUUUGUUCAGAGAGAACAUCAACCAAUGUUGAUGAAACUCAACAGGAUGGGCUGCCUCGAUCACGAGAGACAGCAAACCAGGUUGACAAAACCAAAGAUAGCUGUAGUGAUCGUGUGUGGUCAGGUGUUACUGAUGCUUCAAAAGGCCCAUUCUGCCAUAAAUGUAAGGAUUUUGUCCAUGCUACGGAAUGUUGCAUAUUUGGUAAUACACAGGAAUUUGGUGUUGAAGUAUCAGUCACUGCCACAAGUACUUCCAAAGAGGAUAUUCAUAAAGGUAAUAGAUUGAAAGCUGCAAUCCAGGCAGCUUUGCUUAGAAGGCCUGAAAUACAGAAGAAGAAAGAAGUACCUGAUCAAACUGAUGAGUUUCCUACAUCAGGCGCAGACUUGAAUUGUGAAAUCACUUCUCAAGACCAAGUGUUGGUUUCCAACAAGAAUAGUACAUCUACUGCAGAAAUCAAUGCGAGUCAGGAAAGACUUGAGAAUUCUGGGUUUGAAACUUCCAAAUGUUUGUCCACCUAUGAUUUGAAGCAACAUAGCUUUUCACCAACUGAUUUUUGUUCUCAACCGAGAAAGUCAGAUUCUGUUGGUCCUGCUUCUGGAAAGCCUGCAGUGAGAGACUUGCCUAAUCACGCUUUGGCAAUCUCAAGAGUUCUUUCAAAGAUAUCUGCGAUUCCAGAAUAUGAAAACAUCUGGCAGGGUGUCUUUCAAGUGCAUAGAAGUGGAAAGCCUCCUGAGUUGUAUACUGGAAUUCAAGCACAUUUAUCCACAUGUGCUUCCCCUAAGGUUUUUGAGGUAGUGAACAAGUUUCUACCUGAAAUUUCCCUCAAUGAAGUUUCUCGCUUGAGCACAUGGCCUUCGCAAUUUAAUCAAGGUGGUGCUAAAGAAGAUAAUAUUGCUCUUUACUUCUUUGCCAAAGACAUUGAAAGUUAUGAGAGACACUACAAGGGUCUAUUGGAUCACUUGAUUAGAAAUGAUUUAGCGCUUAAAGGGAUUUUUGAUGGUUUUGAACUUCUCAUAUUCGCAUCCAAUCAGCUUCCUGAAAAUUCACAGCGUUGGAAUAUGCUGUUUUUCUUGUGGGGCAUAUUUAGAGGGAGGAGGAUUAAUCAUUCAGAUUCUGCAAAAAAGAUAUUUAUUCCCAGUUUGAAUGUGAUGUCAAAUGAGAAUAAUUUUCCAACUGCUGUUAUGACUUUGUCUGAAACUCGUUGUUCACCAAAGCGCAUGGAUGAAGAACCAAUUACUUGUGGUAAAUUUUGCAGUGCACUUCUCCCAUCCACUUCCGUUGACCAAGGUCAUAAUAUGGUAAGUAGGAAUUUUGAUAUCAAAGAAACUAUUUUUGAUCAGACACAUUUGGGUUCACAAAGUCAAGAUAUGAGAAUCAACACCAAAUUUACACCAAGGAUUCUGACAAGCAGUUCGCAAUUGUGCCAAGAAAUAAAUUCCACUGGUUCAUCCCAGAAAGAUACUGUACCUGCACAUGGACAAUACAGAGAGUCUAAACCUCCUGACGCAGUGGGAGCAAGUGUAGGCUGUAGGAUUGUGGAAACAAAAACUGAUUAUGAUAUCUCUAUUAAGCAAGAGACCUCCUUGUCUUCGGGGUUUCCUUCUUUUGGCAAUCAAGAGAUAGGUACCGCAUGCAAUAUCAGUAAGGCUAAAAUUUCAGAGAGGAUGAACAGUGAUGAAAAUCAACUAAGGCCUAAAAGCAAACAGAUUGAAGAUCUCAAUAUUAACAUGGAGGCAACGUUUCAGGGAGACCUGUCUGUAAAAGGAACCAUCUGUCAGCAACCUAAUGAUAAAAAAGUUCAGCAUAUAGAUCUUUCAGUUACAGUUAUGGAGGCUUCAGCCAUUAGCUGUCAGAAAAUGCCUUGGAAUGAGGUAAAUGGCAAACUGGAAGACGGAGAAAGUUCUAGCAAGAAGCUGAGGACAGGUUUCAGUUAUGGAUGUCACAGUUCUGGAGGUAGGGACUCUUUUAAUGGCAGUUUUGCGUCAGUUGCAAAUGAUUUUGGUUCCUGUUCUUCAGUUGAGGGCAAAGGAUGCAAAGAAGCUUGUGAUGAGAAAAUCAUCCACGAGGACUUGGGAACGAUGGAAAGAACCUUCUUUCCUGUUGAUACACACAAUAAAAAUGACUCGCGAAUGGUGCUGAAUAGCAUGUCAUUGAAAGGGCCUUAUGAGUACGGGGACCAAUUUCAAGUUGGGAUUCCUAAUCUAGAGCUUGCUUUGGGGGGUGAAACGAAACCGUCACAUAAGGGUAUGCUGCCUUUCUUUGUUGGGGCAGUUGACAAGAAAAAUAACCACGAAAAGAGUCCUGAUAUAUUGGCAGAUGAGCAAGAGGAUGACAAUGUUGCUGCAUCACUUUCCCUUUCUCUAUCCUUCCCUUCUUCAAACAAGGAACAUAUCAAACCUGUUUCAAAACCUGAGCCUUUGCCUGAUGAUGGGCAACAUGUGAAUACUUCGUUGCUCCUUUUUGGGAGAUUCACAGAUAAAUAAAUAUGCUGGUAUUUCGAAUGAUGUACAUUAUCUUGUUCCAGAUGCCUUCGAUAAAGCUAUAGCCCAUCAUGCAUGUAAUCGUCCAGUCCUUACUCCUUAUACAAAGUGGACAUUGUUCCCCGGUUCGUGUGCCCUUCAAGAGUCACUAAGUUUUCUCUUUACUUCUUUGCCAAAUCCAUACUUUAUAGUAUUGUCAUUUUUGGUUUCAGAAUGCAUAGUUACGGUUGUUUGUAUAUAGAGAGAAUUUCAGCCAACAUAAUUUCAAACAUAUUACUAGGAACUUGUGGAUGACUAUUUUUAUGACAGGGUUUCCUCUGUUCCUGGUUUCAACAGUCUUUACUAUUAGUAUUACUA